UGAAAACAGAUUUUCUCAUUGCAUUUUGAUACUAUACUGGUAUUUUAAUACGAUGCAGUAAGGGGUGUCGUAUUGCUUGUUAAAAGUUAAGCAUUAAGAAUAAUAAAUAUUUAAAAUAUUAACAAUCAAAUAUUAUACAAAACUGUUUGUUACUGAUGUUUUUAAAGUAUUAUAGAAAAAUGUUGAUGGAUCAUAAUGAAUCGAAACUUCAAAUUUAUUUGUAAAAUGGUCGUAAUAAUUUUUCGUUCUUUUGUGUACGAUUUUUGAGUCAAGUGUAUGAUUUUGAAUCAAACAACUGUCAACGCGAUAACAUGUAAUAAGGCUUGCUUCAUUUAAUUAUAAUAUUUUAAGCAUGUUUAAAUAGGAUGAUAGUACAUAGUAUUUUGUCCAAAUAUGCACGCAAAAUUUUUUAAGGAAGAGAGUGCAUGAAACUUUCUCAAAGAAGAUCCAGAAAAAAUGCGACACUGGCUGAACUUGUUCAUAGGCAGAUGUACUCUAAUUUUUGCAAAAAUGACAUAUACAAAAUUAAACAAAAAUGCAAAAAGAAUAUUCACAAUCAAAUGUCCAACCAAAGAAAAGACAGAAUGAACUUUUAUACAGAUAUGGAUAUUUUCUAUCAAUGCUUUUAUGUAUGAUUCUUGCUUCUAUUAAACCACAAUUUGGUAAAACAAAUGGUGUUCUGAAUGGUAAUAUUAUUAUUCGAUAUUUUGCUGUUCCUUUGACAUACCUAGAAGCAGGUUUAUUAUGUAAUCCAAAAACACUUUAUUUAACAUUAUUUAAUGGCUCUCUCUUAGUAUUUACAAUGGCUUUUAUAUAUAUUUUAAUGCCUUUUCUGAUGAGACUUGGAGUAUGUUUGUUGACUUAUGCCAAUGUCAAUGUAUGGUUAUUGAAAGGAAUGGAAGUACUUUACUGUAUGCCACCUCCAUUUAAUACAAGUUUUGUUUUGUGUCGAUUGGCACAAGCAGAUUUAUCAACAAGCAUUGUAAUUACUUUAGUAUCUCAUUUUGGAGGAUUAUUUAUAUCUCCCAUAUUAUUAUACUUUGUGUUAGGCGCAUCUACACCUCCUCUAGUUGGGGUAAAUGUAAAAGAAACUAUUUAUAGUACAAUUAUACCAUUAAUUAUUGGUGUUAUGAUUCAAAUUGUUCUCUUGAAGUAUGAUAUUUGUGCCAAAAUUAAAUCACCUUGGUUUUCUCAAGGACUAUUAUUAGCUACAGCAUAUCAUUGGUUUUGUGAUGCUGUAUUGGUGGAUGCAUCAUCUUUACAAGCUACUGAUGUGCUAUUAUGCAUAUUAAUUGCUUGCGUGGGGCAACUAUUUGUUAGCUGUUUGUGUUGGAUUUUGUGCUCUCAGUGGUUACCUCGGAAUAUCUUGUUAGCUGCACUUUUUACAAGUACUCACAAGUCGGUUGGUCUUGGAAGCUGGGUUUUGCGUGGUGCUUACCAUGGGUCAGCUCAUGGUCCUGCAGUGAAUUUACCAUUGUCUGUAUUACCAGUUGCACAAUUACUAUUAGUAUAUAUUGAAACAACUAGUGUAAAAUUAUGCACGAAUAAGUUUUUUUCAAUUCUAAUCAACUUAGUUUCAUUGACAUUUGAUAAAAGGAAAUCAUGACAAUUAUACAUUACACUGUACAUCAUUACAGGAACAAUUUUAAAUAGUACAUUAAGUGAAAGUAAAAAAGAAAAACCAAUUACGCUACUUAGAAGCGUUAUACGCUAUAUCUUAUAUGAUAAUUAUA